AUGGCGUCAACGUUACCCAAUGACCUGACUAAUGAUAAGUCAUUAGAUAACUAUCAUUACAAUGAUGAAAAUGCGAAGAAAAGACGGUCACCAUUGCAGAUACGUUUUAAUCGUCAUUUUAAUAAUUUGGAAAAGACAUUGCAUGUUAAAUUCAGUGGGAAUAAGAGUAAAAUUCUGGUAAUUUUUAUACUUUGUUUCCUUUUCUUUUGGCUGAAUGGAUCAUCAUCAUAUGAUUCUAGUAAAACCACGCUGUCAUCGAAUUUAAAUUAUAAGAGUCAUGACGAUAAGAGAUUCAAUGAUGAACUUUAUAAUUUACAAGGGAAAUCCAAAUGGAAAUUUUGGGAAAAGGAUCCCAAAAUUGUCAUCAUAUUGGCAGCUAAUGAAGGUGGUGGUGUAUUGAGAUGGAAGAAUGAACAAGAAUGGGCCAUUGAGAAGCUAUCCAUAAAUAAUAAGAAGGCAUAUGCUAAGAGACAUGGAUAUGGUUUAACUAUAAAGGAUUUAACCACUUCUAAGAGAUAUUCUCAUGAAUACAGAGAAGGUUGGCAAAAGGCAGAUAUAUUAAAGCAAACUAAGAGAGAAUUCCCUAAUGCUGAAUGGUUUUGGUGGUUGGAUCUAGAUACUUUAAUCAUGGAACCUGAAAAAUCAUUGGAAGAACUUAUCUUUAACAAAUUAGAUUCCAUUGUGGAUAGAACGGUUGACAAUUUCAACCCAUUGAAAUUAGAAGCAGAUAUCCCGUUUGUAGAUUACACACAAGAUUUAGAGUUCUUAAUCACUCAAGAUUGUGGUGGGUUCAAUCUUGGUUCCUUUUUGAUGAAAAAUAGUGACUGGACGGAUCUUCUACUUGAUGUCUGGUGGGACCCAGUGGCAUAUGAACAGAAUCAUAUGAUUUGGGAGCAUAGGGAACAAGAUGCAUUGGAAUCGUUAUAUGCUACGGAACCAUGGAUUCGUUCAAGAAUUGGGUUUCUACCGUUAAGGGCCAUUAAUGCCUUCCCACCUGGUGCCUGUUCUGAAUUUUCAGAUGAUCCUAGAUAUUUUUAUGAUCCUAAUCAACAUGAUUUUGUUGUGAAUAUGGCAGGUUGUAAUUUUGGAAGAGAUUGUUGGGGUGAAAUGAAAUAUUACACUAAUCUUUUGGAGAAGAUGCACUCUAAGUGGUAUUCUAGAUUUUUCUAG